AUGUCUCUCUUCAAGUCCACCAAGAACCAGUCUGCUUCUGCUGCUGCCUCUCCUGCUCAGACUCCCCGCCCCUCGGUCGAUGCCCAGCGUCCCGCCGCACAGACUACCAAGAAGAUGACCACCGAGCAAGCUCUUGACUCUGUCCUGCACAAAGCUGUCCAGACCAUGCCUUCCAUCUCUACCGUCAUGACACUUGGUCGCAUUCUUCAGAUUAAUAUCGAUUCUCAGCUCCAUACCCCUUUCCGCCAACGGAUCUUUCAUGGUGCUGACUUGAACCUUGCCGACCCGAGGGACACUUAUCUGAGAAUUAUGUAG